UGAGUGAGAUAAGAGCCGGGCAGGCAGCAAGGAGGGGAGGGAGGGAGCACUGCACAGCCGCCUGCUGCCCAGUUAGGACUCACACCAUGGAGCCAAAGGCGGCCCGACUGCGGCGGGGAGAAGGGCCCAGAGGAGAGCAACAAGAGCGACCGUCGGGAGAAGGAAACACCAAGAAGGACGGAGGCAUGGACUUGGUGCAAUGGACCCGACAUAUGGAGGCUGUGAAGACGCAGCUGCUGGAGCAAGCUCAGGGACCGCUGAUGGAGCUGCUGGAUCGGGUCCUGUGGGAGGCCGUACAAUCCUACCCACCACAAGGUGGACCUGUGCCCUCCGUUCCUCCAGAUUCCUCAAGCAAGGCCCGGGAGCCAGCCCUGGGGAAACGGAAAAUUUUCAUCAUCCGAAAGUCCCUGCUUGACGAGUUGAUGGAGGUGCAACAUUUCCGCACCAUCUACCACAUGUUCAUCGCCGGCCUCUGUGUCUUCAUCAUCAGCACCCUGGCCAUCGACUUCAUUGACGAGGGCAGGCUGAUGCUGGAGUUUGACCUACUGAUCUACAGCUUUGGACAGCUGCCCUUGGCGCUGAUGACAUGGGUCCCCAUGUUCCUGUCCACUCUGCUGGCGCCCUACCAGGCCCUGCGGCUGUGGGCGUGGCCCCGGGCUGGAGGGGCCUGGAUGCUGGGGGUGGCCCUAGGCUGCGUGCUGCUGGUCGCCCACACCGCUGUCGUCUGCGUCCUCCCGGUCCACGUGGCCCUGGAGUAUCAGCUCCCGCCCGCGUCCCGCAGUGUCCUAGUCUUCGAGCAGGUCAGGCUCCUGAUGAAGAGCUACUCCUUCUUGAGAGAGGCUAUGCCUGGAACCCUUUGUGCCAGAGUAGGUGAGGGCACGCAGGCCCCCAGUUUCUCCAGCUACCUCUACUUCCUCUUCUGCCCCACGCUAAUCUACAGGAAGACUUAUCCCAGGACACCCAAUGUCAGGUGGAAUUAUGUGGCCAAGAACUUUGCCCAGGCCCUGGGCUGCGUGCUGUAUGCCUGUUUCAUCCUAAGCCGCCUCUGCGUCCCUGUCUUUGCCAACAUGAGCCGGGAGCCCUUCAGUACCCGGGCUCUGGUGCUCUCCAUCAUGCACGCCACGUUGCCAGGCAUCUUCAUGCUGCUGCUCAUCUUCUUUGCCUUCCUCCACUGCUGGCUCAACGCCUUCGCAGAGAUGCUCCGAUUUGGAGACAGAAUGUUCUACCGGGACUGGUGGAACUCGACGUCCUUCUCCAACUACUACCGCACUUGGAACGUGGUGGUCCAUGACUGGCUGUACAGUUAUGUCUAUCAAGAUGGGCUGUGGCUCCUUGGUGGCCGGGCCCGAGGGGCUGCCAUGCUGGGUGUGUUCCUGGUUUCUGCGGUGGUCCAUGAGUACAUCUUCUGCUUUGUCUUGGGAUUCUUCUACCCUGUCAUGCUGAUACUCUUCUUUGUCAUUGGAGGGCUGAUGAACUUCAUGAUGCAUGACCGGCACACAGGCCCAGCGUGGAAUGUGCUAAUGUGGACCAUGCUCUUUCUGGGCCAAGGCAUCCAGGUCAGCCUGUACUGCCAGGAAUGGUAUGCUCGGCGACACUGCCCCCUACCCCAGACAACCUUCUGGGGGCUGGUGACACCUCGAUCUUGGUCCUGCCAUACCUAGAGAUCAGAGCACCCUCACUGCCCAGAUGAUACCACCAAGUUCUGCUCUGCCUGCAAAGCCCGGGACCAGGGUGCCUCUCCCUGCACUCCCAGAUCUAGCUCCAAGUCAAGGGGGCCUGGCAGGCAUGACCCCACCAGGGAACUCCAGGGACUGCAAUCUAUGGACCUGGAGGGCAGCUGAGCACAGACUCAGAAUGGUGGUGGCUCUUGAGCCGCCAGCUCAGAGCCCCCUCCUACCUCAUGACUGUCCAGACUUGGGAAGACUUGAAGGAUCUCACAGAUCUGGUAAUGCAGGGUGACCUAGAGAAGCUGGGGCUGCCAAGGUCUGAGAAGGGUUUGGCUUGCUCUUUGUACUGCUUCCAAUACAAUAAUAAACUGUGUCUCUUUUUAUUCCUUCA